AUGGUGGCCAUCACCGCGAACACUUCGGCUGUGGAGCUGGUAGGGAAGAUGCCGACCUCGGCAAGAGGUGAGGCACCGCUCCCGAGGAGAGGCAGAUCGGGAGCUACUAGAUACCCGAGGGAGACAAGGAUCAGGGUGGUGGAAGGCGAGAUCGUUAACUCUCCGAUUGCGGAGAGCAUCUCAGCUGGCACACCAGCCUUCAGCGGCUCCGGCGGUGGAGCUGAAGUUGGCGAGGUAUCAUCCAACGCGUCCAGUGUGAUAGCUGUGGAGACGGAGCGGGAAGAAUCCAUUGGAGGAGACUCGACCCCCUCUACUUCCAUCGAGGAGUCGGAGGAUUUAUCGUCAUCGUUCGACCAAAUCCCUAAGAAGGGAAAGAAAAGAGGGCGGAAGCCGAAGGGCUCUAAUUGCCCGGGAGCCCAUGCCCUGUCCAAACUCUCCUCAAAGCGUAUGGACUAUGAGGAUGACGAGUUGGACAGGGUGGACUUUUUUAAGAUCUCUAAGAGGGCCGGUCACGGGCUCAAGAAGCGGAAAGGCCUGGUCGGGUGCCAGCUAGAUGACAGGCUAUCAUCCCGUCAAAAGGACGCGAUUGAAGAGGUGACGGCCCUGUUCCCUCAGAUGUCACCGAAGUCAGUGAUGGCGGAGACCCUGAGGGUACUGGAGACCGCGGGCGAAGCGGAAAGGCGAACACAAACCAUGAAGGGAGACUUGCGCCGUCAGAUCAAGCUAGGCGUAAAUGUGGCCAAAAUAGCGGUCCAAAGAUUGGUCUCAGAGAUCUCGAAAGGUACGGGACCAACCAAUGAAGUUAGGGCCAAUAACCUGGCCCUGGAAAGAGAGGUCAUCAAGCUUCGUCGGGAAGUGGAUACCCUCCGGCGAGAGAGAGAAAUGAUGAGGGAACAAAUUAACGCACUACAAUGUACUGUCCAAGAUUUAAAGGAUAGGAUAGGGAACGAGUCCCCCCCCCCCCCCCCCUCGGACGAGGAGGCCCGUGACGCAGGCUCACCGAUAAGAACCAGGGAACGAACUAGGGAAGAACGUACUGUGCGGGGCAGAGACAACGAUAUAGAUGAAGCGGAGAGCCUCCCUCCGGCAUAUAGACCGCCGAUUGGCGGGGUCCGUAGAAGGCUGGAGGAUAGACCCCCCCGACCAACGAGGGUGAACGAGAUGGGGGAUAUAGUGAUGGGAGAUACAGGGCGAUCUACCCUGUAUAAACGCGGGGACGCGUACGCGGAAAGGACAAGGAACGGACCGAUGGGCAACAACGACGGAGCGGGGCUCGGAGACGACCGGGACCUGGAGAGUUCGCCGCCUCCGAUGGAUUAUCCAGCCAGUGGUGAGGCCUGGACGGAGGCGAGGACGAAACGGGCGCGUAAAAGAAUGAGAAAGAAGGAGAAGGCAAGAGCGGCCCCUGACGCGAGUGCUGAGGUGCGGGAUGGGAGAGACCCAAGACGAGUUGUUGUACCCCUGCCUUCCGUAGGGGGCAGUACUGCCGGAGUGCGCCGGGCCGGCACGGCUAAAAGCGCUACGGGAGCGAGUGCGCGCGGCGGGGCACCGAGAGGCCCCGCUUCCGCUAGUGCAGUGAUUCGCCUUCGCGUGAAGGACUCGGGAGACGCGGUACGGUGGCCUCCCCCGGCUAAGGAUAAUAGAUUUGGGGCGCCAAGAACGGCAGCGGUUUUGAUAAAGUGCGCGGAGAACAAGGACAGGCCGGGUGGUGUAACGUAUGCUGAGGUCAUGAAACUUGCCAGAAGCAAGAUCUCACUGGAUGACCUCAGCAUCACGAACACGCGGAUAAGAAAGGCGCAAGCGGGGGGUCUCCUCAUUGAGAUCCCAGGAGGGGAGGAAACCGGGGCCAAAGCGGAGGCUCUGGUGGACAAAUUGAAGGGUGUCAUCGCCGAGAACGAGUACAAAGAAGAAGUAAAUGUCGUCAGGCCGAUGCGGAGGGCGGAAAUGAGACUGGUUGACAUAGACCAGUCUGUUACCGCAGAGGAGGUGGCUGAGGCAGUGGCGAGGAACGGGUUGGCGCGGUUGGAGGACGUUAGGCGGAGGCUUCAAUGCUUCCGCUGCUUUGCCGUGGGGCACACCAGGGCUAACUGCCUGAGCCAGGUGGACCGCUCCACCUGGUGUUUUCAAUGCGGCAGCAGUGACGGACACAAAGCUGCUGGCUGCGGAAAACCCCCAAAGUGCCCAAUGUGUGCGGGGAGAGGGCUGCCUUCUGGACAUCGAGCGGGUGCGGCUGAAUGUGUGCCGUUUAACGGACGAGGGCAAGCACCCAACGGCGGUGACACGCGAGUAAACAUGGAGGAAAUAUCUACCGGGGCUGUUCGGGGAGCUCCGACGCUAGCAGAUGAGCCGGAUAGGAUGGAAGUAGUCGAUGGCUAUCUUAGUGAAGAAGAAUUCUCCAGGAACUUGUAUGAGCUGGAGAACAAAUUGCUGGGAAUAAGGGGCUACCCGGUGGUAAUCGCGGGUGACUUCAAUGCCCGCGCCCACGCGUGGGACCCUGGGCGGCCUAAUAGAAGAGGAGCCAUCCUGGUGGAUUGGAUAGAUAUAAUGGGCCAGGUACUGAAUGAUGGGGUAGAACCGACGUGCGUGCACCCGCGAGGCGUCUCAUGCGUAGAUCUCACGCUGGCGUCUCCUUCUGCGGCGAGGAGAAUCUCCUCCUGGAAAGUGGAAACGGAUCUGGAGUCCCUCUCAGACCACAAAUAUGUGUCUAUGAAGGUCGGGACCUCUCUGAUCGGGCCCACCACGGGGAGGAUGGCACUCAGAGCCUUCCCCAGAUGGGCGGUUGGGAGGGCUGACUCAGACAUGAUGGAGGCUGCUGCGGUCUUUACGGCGUGGAGCGCCACCUUUGGGAAUGCCACUUCUGUAGCUGAGAAGAUGGACCGGGCACUUCGCGACAUCUCGGAUGCGUCGAUGCCUAGGAGGGGAUUUGCGAGAAAGCCGUCAACCUAUUGGUGGAACGAAGAAAUUGCUGACCUACGUCGCAGCUGUAACGGGUGCAGGAGGAGACUCACACGAGCGCGUACGAGGAACGGAGUACUCCCUGCUGAUAUCCAAGUGUACUGGGAUGAGCUGAGGGAGGCUAGACGUAGGCUCAGGGGAGCGAUUAGCCGAUCGAAAGCUAGGUUAUGGGGGGAAUUAGUUAACGAUCUUGAAAGGGAUCCUUGGGGUAUGCCUUAUCGAUUAGUACUUAAGAAACUACAUGCGAGUGGCGCAUCGGUGGUGGAGGUGCUCCCUCCUGAGAUUGUGGGGGAGAUCGUGACGACCCUAUUCCCUGCGGAUAACACCCCGCAGGUUAUUGGGACCCUGGUCGAUUGGCGCGAUGAAAUGGCGGUCACUCCAGUCGAAGUGCUGGAGGCUGGGACCAAAAUAAAACUGGACAAGGCUCCAGGACCGGACGGGAUCACGGGACACGUGAUCAAAAAGACAAUGGAAAACCUUGCUCCGGUAUGGGCAAGGUGCUUCACGGAGUGUUUUAGGAGGGGGCACUUUCCACGACAGUGGAAGCUUGCGAAGCCCGUAUUAGUCAAAAAACCGGGUAAGCCGGAUCUCUCCCCGUCCUCGUACAGGCCCCUGUGCCUGCUGAGCGAGGCGGGGAAGCUACUCGAAAGAGUGAUCGUGAGGAGGCUCCAAACCUUCUUGGAUGACAUAGAAGGUAUAGCGAACGGGCAAUAUGGUUUUCGACGACACCGCUCUACUAUAGAUGCGGUGUGGUGCCUUAGGGAACGGGUCGGGCAGGGCAUACGGGAUGGGGGUGUCGUUGUCGCGGUGUCCUUGGACAUCGCGAACGCGUUCAACUCCCUCCCGUGGCCUGUUAUUAGGAGAGCUUUAGGGGAGAAGGGUGUUCCGGAGUAUCUCCGGAAUAUCCUGCACGAUUACCUCUCGGAUAGGGGCUUGUCCUACGUGGACCGUAGGGACAGACUGGUGCGGGAAACAAUGACGCGCGGGGUCCCACAGGGAUCGGUCCUGGGACCGACCCUGCUGCUCAAUACUGUGCUAUGCGGACGACACGCUGCUGAUCGCGAAUGCUGCGACAUUCGACGAGGCGCGUAUCAGAGCCGAAUUGGGGGCUACCUAUGUGAUAAGACUGAUAGAGCAGCUGGGACUGAAAGUUUCGGUCUCUAA